GCGUGCGGUGCCGCCCACAGAGCAUCCUCCAUUACUUUUAAUCUCCUUGGUCUGGACGACAAACUUCCCAAGACAAUUUGGGAAUUCCCGCAAAUCCGUCUUUGUUUUUUUGUUUACUGCGCGAGACGUAUAGCAUUGCUACCGAGAGAAGAGAAGGGAUAUUAUAGCUCUAUCAGCGACACACAUUCCACAGUAGUGUCCCUACUUUCAGUAUUAUACUGUUUUUACAAUAUCAAAGUCCAUUUCAAGAGGCACAGGUGGACUCAGUAAGUUGGAGAACAGUGAAAGACGAUAUAUAAUUAUACUUCCGUGCUCAACGCACUACGACAACAACAGUACAGCCUUGAAAUUGAAAGUUGAAUGAACUGGCACUGGCAAAUUCAAGAAUUCUGAUUUUAUGUUCAAGCAACACUAACUAGCCCGCCCAUCACCAUGGAUUUUGCUUCUGGAUACAUCUUGGAAGAGGAGGAAGAAUCAGAAGAGGAACAAGACUGUGACGAGGAUUUUGUAGGUCCUGAGUGCUUUGAGGAUGUUCCGCAAUAUGAACAAUAUGAAUGUGAAAUAAUGGAGUUUGAUGAUGAUGAUGCUGAAAUACCACAACAACAAAAAGAAAAGAAGCCCAAAGGAUCCAGCACCAACACUGUAAGAUUACCUUUGAAGCAGCUGAAAGAGAAGUCUGACGCUGUGCUGAGAGACCAGUUGAAGUAUACGUGUCCCAAUCCGGAGGUCUGUGGAGCUAUUCUCUCUCACAUUGACACGCCCUUGGAAAAACCAGACUCCACUGAGAAGAUCUGGAAAUGCAGGUUUUGUGGUGAGGAGAGAACCAUCCCAGAAUGGCCUGACUUCAGCAAUGGCAAUGACAUCAUCUACUGCCAGGAUCCACAGUCACCUCCCAACCUGGACUCAGACUCUGAGGAGAACACUGUUAUCUUUGUGCUUGACAGCUCUGGAAGCAUGGGAACACCCCUGAAGCCCUCUCAAAUGUUCAUACGGAAUCCGUUGCUUCAGUUGCUUACGGGGAUGUCUGGUGGAGCCCCACUUCCCAUGAUGGGCAACAUGGCUCUCACAGGCUCUGGACCAAGCAGUAGCCGAGACGACAGUAAGACUCGUCUUGAUGCUAUGAAGGCUGGGAUAGCAAGCCAGAUUGAAAAGCUGAAAGCCACUGCGCCAAAAACUAGAGUUGGUGUGGUGGCUUUCAAUGGUGAAGUGACCGUGUUUGGGGAUGGGAGCCACAAGCCAGAGGUUGUCUCGGAGCAGUUCUAUUUCGACUACAACAUGCUGCUGACCGUUGGUCAACAACAGGAGCCCCUCGGGCACGUGGAAUCAAACUGUGACAACCUGGUCAAGGCUCUGAAGGGGAUGGAAGAGGAUGGACGCACAGCUCUGGGGCCAGCUCUGGUGGUUGCCAUGGCAAUGGCAAGCAAAAGCAAAACUUCAAAGAUCAUACUGUGUACCGAUGGGUAUGCCAAUGUUGGCCUGGGCAAUUUGGAAAGUAACUCUGAGAAGGAGUUGGAGUCCUUCUACUCUCCAGUGUCAGCAUAUUGCAAAACACAAGGAAUUUCUGUGUCAAUCAUCAGCUUUGACAAGUGUGGCAUAGCGAAGGCGCUUGGAGAGCUUCCUGUUGAAACUGGAGGAACUUUGGUCUUGAUCAAGCCUGAUGAACUGGAGCUGCCCAUCGGAGACGAGCUCAGAAGGAAGACUAUGGCGACAGAUGCUUAUGUGAAGUUUGUCGUGCACAAACAGCUAUACAUUGCAAGCUCAGACAGCAAAGUGGAACCAAAGAGCAACCACUAUCAUCUUGUUGGGAUUUUGCACGAUGAAAUGAGUCAGGUGUUUACUUUCGGUUUUCGAAAAGAUGAAAAAAGCAAACAGGAGCGGAAGGAAAAAAAGGAACAGGAUCAAACUGGGGAAGAGACUUCAGAUAAAUUUUCUUCAAUUUGCGAACCUGUAACGGAUGAGAAAGAGCAGCCAGCAGAUUCUGGGGAAAGGAACAGCUCGGAGACUUCCCAAUCGAACCUAACGACAGAGAAAAUAAGAGAACUAACAGAUGAAGAAGUCGCUCGUCUUGCUGAAAGGGAGGAUCCGGAUGCCGCGAAUUCUCCUGGUACUAAGAGAAAACGUGGGUCUGAGGAACCCACUCCAGCCCCGACCACAAACGGGGAUGAUUCUUCCUCCAAUCAGGAGGAAACGAAAGAGCAAAAAGAGGAGCCUGUGCCCACAGACAAAGUGGAUGAUUCUCGAGCAAGUGUUACGGAAGAGUUUCCUUUCCAAGUGCAGAUUUGCUAUGUGGACCUCAAUGGAACCGAAGCCAUCAGGGUGUGGACCAAUGUGAAGCCUGUCACUGGCGAUAGGCAACAGGCAGAUGAAGCCAGCAACAUGAGGACAAGAGUGGACAACUUGAUUCAACAAUCUGCAAAAGAAUUGUUUGACAUUUAUAACAAGAAGAUCACUGGUGUAAGCCUGUUGUCAAAGACAAGAGCUCUUCAGAAUGAAAUCAACGACUUGUUGAAACAAAAGUUGACGACGGAUGUCAGCCAGUCCUUGAAUAGAUAUUUGACAAUUCUUGGCAAGAUUCGUCAAACAGACCAUAUUGGUGAAGUCGUUGCCAGUGAGCUGCGCAACUUCCAGCAAGGAAAAAUUAUUGUCACCAAUGCAACUUAAACUAAAAAAAACUGGGCAGGAUCUUGAUGGUUGGUAUCGUACAAGGACAUGAUAUGUUGAGUAGAGGGCCUAUAUAAUUACACUGGUUGGCAUAUGAUUUUGAGUAUGAGUAAAGAGAAGCACAUGGAUACAAUAAUUUUGAAUAAUGGUCCUUUAGUGCUGGGAAAAAGUAAGAUAGACAGAAACAACAGGUGAGAAGUAAAGAAUAGGGUCUACCAGUAGCGCCCUCAAACCAUUCUCAAUGUGUGGCGUAAAUUGGGCCGACAAGUCGGCUGGAGAAGCCGGAUAAGGGGGUGGAGGGUUGGGGUUUACCUACGCUCAAUCUACGUACUCCUCUGGCCUCUGUUCAGGAGUGGCUGAUGGCUAUCGAAACGGAACACUUCCCACACACUGGAAAGAGUGAGAGAGAAGGAGAGCUGAAGGGGAACAGGAAGAUUCAAAGGCUUUUGUGAUCCUGCCCAACAGAUCUCCUAUCUGGUUCUAACUAGAACCAUUUUAUAAGUAGAUGGACUUUGAGAAGGAUCUUGAGGAGGAAGAGGAGGAGGAGCUGUAGUCAUGUUUCACGCCUACAAUGAUUAGAACUUUGUAGACAAAUAAACCGCUUUGCGUGGAUGUUAUGUACUGAAUACAAUGUAAAAAUGUAUCACAAGCGAGUUGAUGAGUAGUAAAACAUCUGAAAUGGUGAUGAAAUGUUUGUCUUUUUAGUAGUAUAUGUAUCUCGAUUAUAUUCAUAUUCACUUUAGUUUUCAGCAUUAAUCGUUCAGAAAUAUUUAGUUCACUCUGUGUUUUGGAAUGAUGAGAAUAUGAAAUUUCCCUAUCUAAUGAAAAGAAAAGAAAAAUCUACGGAAACUAUUGUGUGCAUACAUUAUUUAUAAAGUUUUUUUUUGUGCUCGAGUAAAAUGAUAUGUCUACAGUUAUCAACAGUGCUGUUCUGUCAAUGAUAUUUAAUCGACGGGAAGACAGAGACCAAAGUCCAAACCUUGUCAGGUGUAAAUAUGACUAUGAGGCCUGUGGUAGUAUUUAAAGUUUGUUUGAUGUCUUUUACUUUUAACACUCAUUAAUCUAGAAUUGGGAUGAGAUUUUGCUCUUGCUCCGAAAGGCAUAGAUCUAAGUUGUUUUGGUAAAAGAAAAAUAGUGAUUCAUACAACUGUUUUAUCUUGUAUUUUUGAUUAUGCAUGUCUUCAAAGUUAACAAAAUGCAAGGCUUGUUUUUAUCUAUGAUAAGCUGUUAAUUUUUGUUUUGUUGUUGAAAUAGUAGAAUGCCCCCCCCCCCCCUUUUUACAGCGGAAGUAUUUUCAGUUUCCACAUCGACACAAUUUAGAUCAUUAUCAUUAAAAGGAGGCUGGCUUUGACCCAGACUUAAAGAGGGAUACGAUGUCCAUGCAGAAAGAUCGAGAUACAAGAUAAAAACUCUCCCCACUCCUCACAUGGGAAUCCAACUGGACAGGUGUUCACCCCACCCCCCCCCUUCCUUCCUUCAGAAUACUAGAACUAGAACACACGCACUAGUUCCGAAUGUCCAGGCAGCUGAAGAAAAAACUCAGACCUGACCCCCCCCCCCCACUGUAUCCACACUUCAAACUCCACCCUGUUGUUGGUGAGAAUGAUGAUCCUAUGUCUUUGCCAUUUACAAUACAUUGUUGUGUUGUGUUAUUUUUCCAUGUAAACUCAUCAUCAACACAGAUGUACAAACUUGUAAUAAUACAGAAUUUUAUUUUCUUCUUGUUUCCAUUUCAUUUAUUGUAUUUGUAUUUUCUUAUUAGGAAUUUGUAGUGGGUAGUGCCUAGUUAGGCAUAAUUUGUGUCUUUUACUUCUUCUUAUUUGAAUGAUCAUGAUUAUGUUCAGCUUUUGAGGUUACCAGUCCUUGUGCCUCACAGCUGUCAAGACUAUAUAAGAGUGAAAUAAAUCUCCCUACACUGCUGUGUGCAUAAAAGGAUGAAGGCUUCAUAGGGUUGAUAAGUUUCUAAUGAAUUGAUAUUUUUACUCAAGCUUGCAGUGAAUGAUAUUUUGUACUACUCGAGAACAACUCAAUGUCAGUGGUGUAACGGCAAGGCUCCAAGUUCAGCUCAAGAAUAGCAAGCUCAAAACGACAUGUAUUUUCAAGACACCCCCCCCCCCCUCACUAUAGAUGGUUUAAUCCUAUCCUAGGGCUGCAAAAUGAUUUAUAUCCUCUUUCAUUAUUUAUGUAAUUUUUGACCUAUCGAAACUAAUUGGGUCACAAAAGGGGGACAUGUUAUAAAAGGUGUUGAGCUAAAAAAA